AUGUCUUCCGCGUCCACAAGCACGGCGCUGUAUGCAGCUGUGGUAUCCUCGUCCCAGAUGAUGGGUGCAGUACCGGAGGAUGCCAAAGACCGAACGCAUCACCUCAAAGACGGGAAGGGCUUCAGAAAUCCAUGGGACUCUUACAGGGAAAUGAGCGUGACAGCAAUCAUGAAAGCCAUGAUCUGGCGACAUCUGAGCGGUAAAGCCAACAAGCCCGAUACUACGCCACCAACUGUCCCAGUCCGCAAGCCAGCCUUCCUGCCAACCCGAGAGACCUCCACAUUAAGAGCGACGUGGCUAGGGCACGCGUGCUACUAUGUUGAGUUCCCCGGCGGUCUACGAGUGCUCUUCGAUCCUGUCUUCGAAUCACGAUGUUCGCCAUUCUCCUUCAUGGGGCCGAAGCGUUACACCGAGAUGCCGUGUAAGCUUGAAGACAUACCGUGUAUCGACGCUGUCAUCAUCUCGCAUAGCCACUACGACCACCUUUCGCAUCCUACCAUCACCAAGAUUAAAGAGCUACACCCUAAUACACACUUCUUCGUACCUUUAGGCAACAAGCAGUGGUUUUUGAAAUCUGGGGUGGAAAACGUCACAGAGUUGGAUUGGUGGGAGUCCAGAGACAUACACCUGUCAGCGAUGCAGUCGAAAGACAAAGCACCGAGCGACGGCCACGUCACGCAAGAUGACAAGGUCAUUAAGACUGGAGGAUCUAAAGAUAUUCAGGCCACCAUAGGCUGCUUACCGUGCCAGCACACGAGCGCGCGGACACCGUUCGAUAAGAACCAUACCCUGUGGGCGAGCUGGAGCGUUGAGUCAGGGGGCAAGAGGAUCUGGUUUGGAGGCGACACGGGAUACCGCGCCGUAGACGAGCUACCCGCCGGCGAGGACGACUAUGACCCAAAGCACAAGUUUCCGCAUUGUCCCGCAUUCAAACAGAUCGGCAACCUUCGAGGACCGUUCGAUCUCGGAUUGAUCCCUAUUGGAGCCUAUGAUCCGAGGUAUAUCAUGUCGCCGAUGCAUGCGAAUCCCUUCGACAGCGUCAAUAUCUUUGUUGACACGAGAUGCAAACGUGCCCUUGGUAUCCACUGGGGCACCUGGGUUCUGACGGAGGAAGAGGUUCUCGAGCCUCCGAAGUUGCUCAAGAAAGCACUGGCUCAGAAGAGCAUACCCGAAGAAGGCGUAUUCGAUGUCUGCGAUAUCGGCGAAAGUCGCGAAUACCGUGGCCCAGAGCCGCUGUGA